AUGGCCAAACGCACUCAAGAAAUGCUUUUCGAUGCCCACGAACUCGAUGACGAGAUGCAGGACAUGACGCUGUGGGCACACGCGCAUGUCGUGCCGCUGAAGUGGCGACGUCAGGUGCUGACCCACUUGGAGCCUAUCUAUUGCCAGAUGACAUUCUGCCGCGAGGAACUGGUGCGAGGCUGGAAGCUGUUGCAUCCGCCGUUCUAUCAGCCCAAUAUCGACUCGUUCGACCGCCGACUUCAGUUCUUCGAGCGAUCAGUGCAGCUACUAACAUCGGCAAUUGAGGAAUGCAAAACGAAGUUGUUGAGAGCCGAAGCCCUCGCGGCGUGUAGAUACAUUCAGCUCUGGACGCGUAAGCUGCUUGCAAAGCGAGGGUUCUACACGAAGGUGAUCAAACUGUCAUAUCACCACCGAGGCAUUGUAUCAGGAAUGUUUGACUCGAUCACGGGCACCUCCAAACUUACAGCUCAUCGAACUGACCAGAGCAUCACUCUCGAAUACCCACGCUCUGACAAAAUUUGGGACAGCUUCAGCUAG